CUCCCAAACCUUCCUUCACUCACAUUAGGUAAUAAGGUAAGGUGUGAGAGAGGUUAGCGCUGUUAGUGCCGUAGAGCUUUGUGAAAUUGUAGAAGAGUUAGAGAAGACCUAGAAGAGAUAGAUAGAGGGAGAGAGCAUAUGCGAAAGUCUCCAAAGGCUUCCUUCCUUGCUCUUCUUUUUUCUCUACUUCUUGUUUCAGAAUUCUGAAUCGAUCGUAGUUCUUCAAAGCUGAAACUCUCAGAGGAAGAAAGAUUCAUGAGAUGUCUUUAUUCUGUGAAAUUUCCUUCAUUAACAUUGAAAAAGUAGUGGAAGAAGGUGAGUGGGAGAAGGAAAGAUAGAGCAAAUCGAUCGGAUUUCGGAAAUACAACUCGUUGCUUCGCCUAGGAUUCGAAGCACCGGUUUAAUCAUAUCAUCGAGAAAGAGAAGGAAUCAAGAUUCAAGAACGGGUUUCGGCAAUGUCUGCUACGUUUCUUAGCGAUUCUAUGGGGAUUCCUUCUGCUUCGGAAUCUCAAUCGACCGCCGUUAAGAUAAGUAGCACGCAGGUGGAGGUUGAGUUCGCUAAAUGCGAUUGCUGUGGACUAACAGAGGAAUGCACACCUGCUUACAUAGCUAGAGUUCGUGAGAGGUACCAAGGUCGAUGGAUCUGUGGUCUUUGCGCCGAAGCUGUUAAAGAUGAGAGUUUUAGAUCGGAUAGGCUGAUCACCGCCGAAGAAGCUUUGCAUCGACACAUGAACUUCUGUAAGAAUUUCAGAUCUUCGAGUCCUCCGACGAACCCCACGGAACAUCUGAUAUCCGCUGUGAAGCAACUGCUCCGGAAAAGCUUGGAUUCUCCAAGAGUUAUGUCGACUCCGAGUAGUCCUCUAAGAACGGAAGACGAGAAACGUCGUCCAUCACUCGCUCGUUCCGGAAGCUGCGUCCCAGCUCUGGCUCGUUGAUACAUAUUAUUACAAAACAAGAAGAAGAAGAAGAAGAAGAAAAAUAAAAAAAUCGUAGCAGUAGCAGCAGCAGCAGCAGAAACAUCGUUCAGACAUAGGGCUUCUUUCGGUUAGGACUUCUUUGGGUUAUCGAUCUUCCCUUUCUUCCCUUUCUUUAUCAGUCUAUCUUAAUUCUUGUUUCUGUUUGGAAAGAUUUUUCCUUUUUACAGGACUCUUGCAUCGAUGUUCUCUGUUCUUCUGAUAUGUUCUAAUCAUCAUCUAAUGUCUUUUACUUUCAUUGAAUUUUUUUUUCCCGUUCUUCCAUACGCAUCUCAGACAUAGCGUAUGCAUUGACCGGUUGUAAUUUAGAGUUUCCUUCUGAUCCCCACCCUUCUGUCUCUCUUGUUUAGACGAUUGAAUCAUUAGCUUUUUGAGGGUUUUUGAGAGGGUUGGGGGGAAGAAAGAAAUAAAGAUUGAAUUUCUGUGGUUCCAAUAA